AUGUCACAGAGAAACAUAAUUACCACAUGUCACUUUAACGGUGUUGUUUCGACAAACACUCCUGUUGGAUUCUCGUUCAGCAAUACGGAUACAUACGCCUUCAAAAUUCAUGUCAACUCAGAUUUUUUUCAUUUUAAGGAUAGAAUGGAAAAAAAGUUGGCACAAGGCGUCGAGGAAAUCAUUUAUCGCCAUCCCACCCUUAAUGAAGACGACUGUACGAUUUUUUACAUUAUGACGCCAAUCAAAAACGACGACGAUGUCAAGGCCAUGUUUCGGUGCCACAUGAUGUUUGGUCAGUUACCUACAAUUGAGGUGUAUGUCAAACUACAACACAAUCCCGAAACAUUGCAAACUCAGGAGACCCAGUCACACUGGUACGGGAUGAGCCAAACAUCCGACGACGAACCAACGCAAAACAAUUUACCUUUCAUACCAGAUGAGGAGGUUGGAGAAUCAAGUGAUGACGAUAUUUAUGAGGAGAUCAGGAUGCAAGAUAUUUUUGGUGACAGCGGUGACGAAGACAAUGAGGACGAAGAUAUAGUUGUCGCGUCUACGCAACCGAUCCGCGCAUAA